AUGGAAAAAUACAUGAUACUUUACAUUUUCAUGAUGUUUCAAAUCUCAUAAGCAUUUCUAUUUAUUGACCCCAUUCUUGCAAUCGGUAGAAUGACUUUCUUAGAAAGAUUUUUAUACACAUCAAUUAAUGUACUUGGCUUUUGUUACUACCCAAGAAACACAUAGUUCGGAAAUUUUAUGAUGCUUUAAAGAGAAGUCUCUAAAAAUGCCAUGAAAUAAAAAAACAUUACAAAACAAGCGCUGGCAGACUAUCACAUAUCUCUUCAUGAAAUGAAAGAACCUUCAAAAUACUUAAAAUUAGCUUAUAAAAGAUCCAUGUCACCUCGGAUUCCAUUAAUAACUCACAGAGUAUAUUUUACAAAUAAAGAUUCUCCUCUUGAAUUAGAUAAUUUCCUUAGUGGAGACCUGCAAGAAAAAUUGUAUUCAACAUAUAGAUAUUUUGAUGAUUCUGCUUCGAAAUAUGAAGAUCUAAAAUCAAAGGAAGGUUUGAAGUGGACUCAUUAUUUCUGGGUUAUAAGCAAAAAGAUUUUACCCAGAACAACACAAUUACUUGAAUAAAAAGGAGUAAUUGUGAGAGAAAUAUCGGAAUCAUAGUUGUACGAUACAAAGACAAGGGAUUAAAUUGAUUUUUAUAUGGAGGAUUUCAAAGCCGUGUCUGCUGCAACUGAUGUGAUAAGGGCUAUGGUUGUAGCUGAGUUUGGGGGAUUUUAUUUUGACAAUGAUUUUAAUUUGGAUUUAUGGGACUAUAAUUUGCAUUACUUAUUUGACUUUUAUGGGUUUAGUUUCAAAGAAUAUCAAGGAGAUAGAUUUAUUCUAAAUGGUAUUUUUGGAGCUAAAAAGGAGCAUCCCAUUGUGGUGAAUUAUCUAAAGCAAAUGACUGGUACAUUCUCUUUGAAAGAAGAAUAAAGACCAACUUAUCAGAGUGAGUGUAUGUUCAGGACAACAGCCAUGACAUAUUUUGCUACGGGACCAUUUAUUAUAGGAAGUAUAGCUUACAAUUACAUUAAUAAGGAUGGUAAUUAAGACAUGAUAAUCUAAUGGAAUCACUCUAAAGAGAAUGCUGUUUAUGAGAUAAAGACUUAAGAGAUUGAUGAAAAUGGCUAAAUUAAACCAAUAACAAUUAGACACAGUGGUAGAGAUUCUCUCUCUGCUAGCUGGACAAGACAUUUUAGUGAUAUGUUAACUUUUGGAUGGGCUGAGAUCAAUAAUUUCAAUUGA